UUGAGAGUGAGACGCGUCGCAAGGAGGAUUCUCGAUCCAUCGCCGACUAAUAUUGUGGGGGAUACACUAUUCUUAGCAUUUGUGACCAAACCAUGGUGCAAGUGGCUUCGAAGACUUCUUCCUUGCGGAAAUAUUUACCGCAACUUAUAGCUGGAUUUGGUGUGACGAUGGUAUUGGUACAGCUCGGUUUAUCAAGUGGUUGGUCAUCGCCUUACUUAGCCAAACUAACAGCCCCAGGCUCAUCGUUGCUCCUGACUGACGAGGAAGCGUCAUGGGUGGCAUCGUUGCUGAAUCUUGGACGCUUUUUGGGUGCUUUUGUGGGUGCUUUGUCAGUCAGCUAUUUCGGCAGCAAAAGAACAAUGUUGUUCACUCUCGUGCCCAUCAGUCUCUGUUGGGUUCUCACGAUUGUUGCCACACGUACCGAAUUCCUGUACUUAGCGAGGUUUUCCAGUGGAGUGGGCUUGGGUAUGACUUAUAGUUCGUUCCCGCUAUACUUGGGUGAAGUAUCAUUACCCGAGAUUAGGGGAGCUCUGGUCUCGUUAGCUGCUUGCGGUGGUACCUUUGGAGUUAUGAUAGGAAACAUCGCUGGUAGUUAUUUGAACAUGGAGGUGUCAGCUACAAUUUAUCUGGUUCCUUGCAUUGCUCUUAUGGUAUUAUUUUUAUGGAUGCCUGAAUCGCCACACCAUUUUGUCAAAGAGGACAAACUCGAAGAAGCUAAGAAAUCAAUUCAAUGGUAUCGUGCGAAUCAUCAGAUUGAAGAAGAACUUGAUGCUGUUAAGAGGUUCGUCUCGAACGCGGUAUCAGAGACAUUCAGCGACAAACUCCAAGAAUUACGUAAACCAGCUCUUAUGAAAGCUAUGAUCCUUAUAGUCGUUCUGUGGGCUUUCAUGCAGUUAUCGGGUUUCAACAGUAUUCUUUUCUACAUGGAACUGAUAAUCAUUCAGAGCAAAUCAACCCUUAUAGAACCGAAAAUUGUCGUCAUGUACGUUAGUGCUUCAGCUGUUGUCGCUUCGGUUUUCUCUAUUGUCAUGAUUGACAAAUGCGGAAGGAGGAUCCUUUUGAUCGGUUCGAGUUUGGGAGUAACUUUAGGAAUGCUAGGUCUGGGUAUCCACUUCUAUUGUAUCGAUCGAGGACUGAACGUAUCUCAACUUCAAUGGCUUCCAAUUGCUUCAAUAUUCCUCUUCGAUGUAGCUUUCUUUGCGGGACUCAUGUGCGUUCCAAGUGCUGUCCUCUCGGAAUUGUUUCCAACUAAUGUCAAAUGUAUCGCUGCCUGUUUUGCUAGUCUUGCCGGUGCUAUUUUCGCUUUCAUCUCAACUAAGACGUAUCAACCGCUCAUUGAAAUUAUUGGUCAAAGUAAUGUGUUCUUCGUGUAUGCCGGUCUAACGAUACUCAUUGUUCCUUAUGCGUUGAUCUGUAUGCCUGAGACGAAAGGCAAGACGUUGCAACAAAUUCAAGAUGAUCUUGUUAAGCGUUGA